GUCACUUGUGUGACGUCGCAAAGGCGGAAGUACAACAUCUCUGUGCAGGGAACACAUGAGAGGAGGAAAGAGAAAGUUGGAGAAGUAUCAGGAGCAGUUUGUUAGUAGAACAUGGAGUGUUUACAUGUGUGUCUCUAAGUCUCUGCUCGAGCUUACACAGUCAGAAACAUGUUCUCUAAAGGAGAACAACUCUGACUCUGUUUUUAAACCAGCGGAGUCACUUUUACAGGAGCAUGUUUCACAAACACUACCCGAGCAAAGCCUUCAUCAGCAGACUGAUCCUCCUCCAGGUCAAGUUAAACACGAGACUCUUAACAAUGUCAGUCCCGAGUCUGUCCGAGGAGAGGACCAGGAGCAGUCUGCAGGUCAGUGCAGACCGGAGAGGACCAGACCUGAAGACGAGCAACGACCGGGGUGCAGCAGAGAUCACAGAGGAGGAGAGGGACAUCCACAGAGCCCACACAGAGGCUUGUGAGGCAAAGAAGCAGAUGUAUGUCGACCCUUCCAGUGGGUACAAGGUGUUCACAGAGUAUGCCCACCUUCAGAGAGGGAAGUGCUGUGGCAGCGCGUGCAGACAUUGUCCAUAUGGCCAAGUCAACGUGAAGGACCCCGCCAUGAAGAAACACUUUAACUCUCUGUUUUAUGUAUAGGCCUGAUGUGACCAAGGUAAACCCCUGUUUGGAGUGGUUCCUUGUCUUCAGCCUAUCCUCAUUUGGACUACUUGAGAGUCAUUUUUAGCAGUGUACUAAAUGAUGAAAUAUGGGUAGCAUCUGUGCAAUACCUACCUCAUAUGAAUCACUGUUCCUCGGAUUGUUUUCAUUCUAAGACUGGAAGGUAGGAGGAUCCUUUCACUAGAACUCCAUGUAAAGUAGUCUUUUAUCAAAUUGUGAUUUUGCUGGUUUUUUUCUGAUAUAUUUCUCAAAUGUCCAAUGAAAUGCCUUGAGCUCCUUU